AUGGCCGUCCGCUGUCAAUUCGAAAACUCAUCCGAAAUCGGCGUCUUCGCCAAGCUCACAAACUCGUACUGCCUAGUCGCAAUCCAUGGCUCAGCAAACUUCCUCUCCGUCUUCGAGUCCGAGCUCGGAGACACCAUUCCCAUCGUAUCCACUAGCAUUGCUGGCACUCGACUGGUCGGAAGGCUGACGGUGGGCAACAAGAAUGGGCUGCUGGUACCGAGCACUACUACGGAUCAGGAGCUGCAGCAUCUCAGGAAUAGUCUGCCGGAGGCGGUCAAGAUUCAGAGGGUUGAGGAGAGACUGAGCGCGCUGGGGAAUGUCAUUGCUUGCAAUGACUACGUCGCCCUGGUCCACCCAGACCUGGACCGUGAGACUGAAGAGAUCAUUGCCGACGUCCUCGGUGUAGAAGUCUUCCGUCAGACUAUCGGCACAAACGUCCUCGUCGGCUCCUACUCAGCCAUGUCCAACGUCGGCGCCCUCGUCCAAUCGGCCACCCCCCUCUCGGCGCAGGACGAGCUCUCCUCCCUACUCCAGGUCCCCCUUGUCGCAGGAUCAAUCAACCGUGGUAGUGAUCUCAUCGGUGCGGGUCUGCUGGUGAAUGAUUUCGCGGCAUUCGUCGGGUUGGAGACGACUGCUACGGAAAUCAGUGUGGUGGAGGCGACGUUCGGGCUCAACAAGGGCCAAGGCGAGGGCAGGGUCGGGGAGUUGAGGAGCGCCGUUGUCGACUCGUUCGCAUAG